AUGGCGGAAAACGAAACUCAAGAGACCAAUACAACUGAGAAGAGAGUGCUUGACGGAUUAUCGGAACAUGCACCUCAAAACAUGUCUAAGCUUCUCCCCCAAGACGAGCGUGAGGACUCUGACUCUGGCUCUGAGGAGGAACAUGCCCAGGAAGAUGGGUCUGAAGAGGAUGAACCGAAAAGCGAUAGAGCGAAAGAGAAAACUAGAUCUGCGGGGGACUCGCACAAGAAUCAUUCAUGCAAGAAGGAGUCUCACAACAGGGAUCCCAGCAAAAAGCACCCUCACAAAAAAGAGUCACGGAAGAAACACUCGCAUAAAGACAACAGUAUUUCGAAAAUUGACACCAGAAGCUCCAGCAUGGGCUUCAGUGAUAUGUAUACCGUCCGAACGUUGAAAGUCAUGUGGAACUGUGAUAGGGUUAAGGGGUUAAAAAGAGGCUUUAGCCUUAAGGCCAUAAAGAAACUGGAAAAGCUGGACAAGAAGAAAAAGAAGUUAGAGGAGGAAGAAAAAGAGCUCAAGAAGUGGCUUAACGAUCUUCAUGAAAAUAUCAAGAAAAAGCGAUCUUGA